GGGGCUGCAGGUAUUACGAUUCCACUCGAGAACGAAGAGGAAAAAGAGAGAAGAGAUCGUACCGCAAGAAUGCAAGCCGGAAAGAACGCGAUGGCGUCCGUGAAGGAGACGGCCGGCAACGUCGCCGCCUCGGCCAAGGCUGGAAUGGACAAGACGACGGCCACCGUGCAGGAGAAGGUGGAGAAGAUGACGGCCCACACUCUGACGGAGAAGGCGAUGGCGGAGGAGCGAAAGCAGGAGAAGGUACGGGAAGCCGAGAUCAACAAGCAAGAGACCAUGCAGCAGAAUGCUGCCGCUCAGCAGAGGACGCUCGCGGCCCACGACGGCGGCCACGUCGCCGAGCCGGGAGUCUACCCCGUCGGUGGAGCGCCGGGGGAGGUGGCCGGCCACCCUACCGGUGGCCACCUGAUUAGCGGCGCGGUGCGGUCCCGCCCGAUAGGCCGGGACACGGGGACGGCGAGGCCCGCCGCCGCCCACAACCCCUACGUCGGCUCCACCGAGCCUGCUGCUCGUGGGACCGGCGGUCGCUACGCCUAACGAUCCUCCACCCGUCAACCAUAGGUCUGGAUGACGUUAAGCUCUACAUGACGCCGCGCUCCUUUAGUGUGUCUUGAAGUCUUUUUUGCUAUGUAGUGGCCCAUGCACCUGUCUUUGCAUGCUGCAUAUCGUCGUUGCCUUGUGCGGCAUGCUGAGAAUGUUUGAAGCGAAUAAAAAGGGAAAACUAGCUUAUAGUAUAUACUGG